AUGGGGAAAUUAGUUGCUUCAAGAUCAACUGCUGCAUCUUGUUUUGUUCUUCUUCUUUUGGUGUUGUCUGAAAAGGUUGCAGGUCGUCUGCAUUAUGAUAACAAUGAUGAUCAGUUGCUGCUCUCAGAUGGUAGUGUUAGUGAUCAUAAAGAUGAUUCCUUUCUGCAUGAUAUCAAAGGAAUGGGAAUGGAAUCGAAUUCUUCUGAAGGGAAUUCAUGCCAUCAAAUGUAUGGGUUUUUGCCAUGUUCAACAAAUCUCGCAGGUCAUAUAUUUCUUAUAGUGAUAUAUGACCACUUGUUGCAUUGGGGAGAAUCCUAUGUUAGUGAUGAUGCAAGGGAUCUGUUCUUUGGCAGUGGCUAUUGGGGUGCAGUUUUCUUCCAGCUUCUUGAUUCUCUACCAGAACCUCUCGUACUUGCUGGUUCUGGUGUUGUUACAGAUUCAGGGACCAGUCUUGAUGCAAAAUUCAUGCUUCUCUCUUUGUUGCCAUUUACAGUCAUCUUGAUAUCCAUGGCAGUUGGUGUUUCAAGUGCUUAUGAAAGCUUUGUGCUUUUUCUAGCUCUUUUAGUAGCUGUUAUGUGCUUAUUCACUUACUUUUAUUGUCAGCAUGUAGAUGACAGCAUACUUGAAAGAACAAUGGAGCAAGCAGAAAUCGAUAGAAAGAUGGAAAUGCGUGUACCUUUUUAUGAAGUUCAAAUGCUUAUGCGGCACCGGAAUAAACAUCUCAUGAGUAUGGGAAUAGAAAUGGAGACGAGUAUGAGAAACAAUAACCGCAAUAUGACUGGAAGGGAUGGAGUCCCUGUUACCUUUAAACAAUGGUUUUUUCAAAAAAUGCACUUGAUGGAGGAUCCAAAUUCAUAUAAAAAGUUCAAUCAGGUUGCUCAACUGUUGUUUGAAGAGAAAAUUAGUUUAAUGGAGGUAUUAUUAGUAAAUGGCAUGAUGCCACAUGAUUUUCUAAAUGACAACGACGAAACACAGAGAAAACUUGCCAUAGAUAGACUCUUCAAAAAGAUGGAUAUAGAUGAAAGUUCAUCUAUUUCACCGUAUGAGUUGAAACGCUUCUUGGAGUCCAGACGAGAGGAUAAAAAAGUAGAUGAAGAAGUGUUUGAAAUCAUCAUGAUGCAUUUAGACGUUGAUGGAGAUGGAAACAUUGAUCGAGAAGAAUUCAAGAUUGGAAUGACAGCUUGGUUUUGGGAGAUCGAACAACAUUACAAGUCACGAAAUCAUGAAACAGAUCAGGAGUACCGAAGGGUUAAUGAGGCAAAGGGUACAAGAGACAAAAAUUCAAUGGCAAUAGUAUUUCUGGGAAUUGGGAUAUCGAUGUUGACACUUUUUGCUGAGCCUUUGACACACAAUGUUCAAAUCUUUUCAGAAUCUGUCAACCUUCCACCAUUAUACAUUUCCUUGGUUCUUCUUCCAUGGGCUGCACAUUAUAGAACAGCAAUUGCAGCCAUUCAAGCUGCAAGAAAGAAGAGACAUCAUAUGACAUCUUCAACUUUUUCCGAGAUAUACCACAAAGUGAUGAUGAACAACCUGAUGGGGUUUGCUUUGCUUCUUUGUGUGAUGAUUUAUCGUGGGUUGACAUGGCAUUUCUCAGCUGAGGUUCUUACAUUGGUGAUUGUUUGUGGCAUUGUGGGGAUCCUUACGGGUUUCAAUUCCAAGUUUCCAAACUGGACAUUGCUCAUUGCAUUCCCUCUCUAUCCAUUAUCUUUGAUCUUUUUUAUCCUCGUCAACAUUUAUUUCCGAUGAUUUUAUUUAAUGUUGAUCGACUAAAAGACGCACAGCCACUCAGAGCAAGUAGCUGGUAGUAGGAAUCGGAACUAUAU